UAGUUUUUUUUUUUCAUUUGUGAGACCUGACCCGUCAUUCUCCUUUUUCCUCAUCAUUCUCUCUCCUCUCUCUCGGAUCUCUUUCUCCCACCAGACCUGUCGAAGCUUCGACCACACGGGCCCAAGCCCUCACACAACACCGAAGGCCAGCUCUUCUUCUCCUCUUCCCUGUGUGCGGCCAAGCUUUCUUCUUCCCUGCGUGAGACCAGCUAGCUCCGGCCGGUUCAGCAACGAUGGUUUCGGUCUAAGAACAUUGGAAGGGUUCGAUUACGAAUCUAUUUUGGGGCAGUGCUGCGAAAUGCUUGUUGGGUACGUCUAGAUUCCGGUGGGGAUCGUGGGUCCGUUGUUGCUCGAUGGGUUCGAGUAUUCGGUGCCGAUGGCGACUACGGAGGGUUUUUUGAUUGCGAGUACAAAUAGAGCUUGCAAGGCUAUCCAUUUGUCUGGUGGGGCUACCAGUGUGUUGUUGAGGGACGGCAUGACUAGAGCACCGGUUGUGAGGUUUAAUUCCGCCAAGAGAGCUUCCGAGUUGAAGUUCUUCUUGGAGGACCCUGAAAAUUUCGGGACUCUUUCCAUCGUCUUUAACAGGCUGCAGGGUAUUCAAUGCGCUAUUGCUGGAAAGAAUGUGUAUAUCAGAUUUACCUGCAGCACGGGAGACGCCAUGGGGAUGAACAUGGUUUCAAAAGGAGUUCAGAAUGUUCUUGAUUUCCUUCAAAACGACUUUCAUGACAUGGAUGUUAUUGGCAUAUCUGGCAACUUUUGUUCGGACAAGAAACCUGCUGCUGUAAACUGGAUCGAAGGGCAUGGCACAUCAGUUGUUUGCGAGGCAGUAAUCAAUGAAGAGGUGGUGAAGAAGGUUUUGAAAACAAACAUCCAUGCUCUUGUAGAGCUUAACAUGCUUAAGAACCUUGUUGGCUCUGCCAUUGCUGGUGCUCUCGGUGGAUACAAUGCUCACGCCAGCAACAUAGUAUCUGCAGUAUUUAUAGCCACAGGCCAAAAUCCAGCACAAAACAUAGAGAGCUCUCACUGCAUUACCAUGAUGGAAGCUAUCAACAACGGCAAGGAUCUUCAUGUCUCUGUGACUAUGCCUUCAAUUGAGGUGGGUACAGUAGGAGGUGGGACACAACUCGCUUCUCAAUCUGCAUGCCUGAACUUGCUUGGCGUGAAAGGUGCAAGCAAAGAGUCCCCAGGAGCUAACUCUAAACUACUGGCCACCAUUGUAGCUGGUUCAGUGUUAGCAGGUGAGCUCUCUUUGAUGUCUGCUAUAGCAGCUGGGCAGCUUGUCAAGAGUCACAUGAAAUACAAUAGAUCCAGCAAAGACAUGUCAAAAGUUGCAUGCUAAACAGGUACAAAAUAAAAGAAAAAAAAGGGAAGGGGGGUUCCGGGUGUGAUUAUCGAGCUACAAUUAAAGAGAGAAGAGAGUCCACUAGUCCAGGCUAUGUUGUUUAGGGUGGUGCACAUGGGAAAAUGUUGGGGGUGUUCAAUUUUCCAUAGCUGUAAUAAGGGUUUUCGGUAUCUUGUGGUGGAGGAGGAGAGAGAGACAGAGGGAAAAGUAAUAUAACAUGGGGGUGAGUUGGGUUGGGUUGGGCUGUACGGGUUUCUCUUGUUCUUUUUUUGUUCUUUCCAACUUCUCUAAUUUUCUCCAAGUGUGAGGUGUCAGUGAGUAGGACAUUAUACUUGGCAGUGGCAGGCCAUCAUCUGUGCAAAUCUCCCCACCAUCAAAAUCUGUGGUCUGUAUUAUGUCGCAGUCUUGAUUAUUAUUAUUUUUAUUUUGAAAAAAAAAGAGUUGUUUUUGUCUUCUCCAUUGGGAGGAGGUGUUUGUAUAAUAAUGAUUGUACUUUUGUAGUGGGAUUCAUGUUCAAUCUAUGUCUUUUUCUCAGUCUUUUUGCAUACUAAGCUAAGACUUGGUGAAUUUCUUUG